GAUCAUGGAAACCAUCCAAUCAGAAAUCAACUGGUAUCUGAUAAUCUUACAAGAGUGGAGGAGGAGGAGGAGGAGCCUGGCAACUAUCAACCAAUCAGCAGUCAUCUCAGUGAAGCCACACCCACAGUGGAAAAUGCUGCAAAAUCCCACUUGAGCUCCUGCAGCGAACCUGUGAGUUUCAGCCCCAAAUUCAGUCCCAUUAAUUUAAUGGAUGACAUUUUCAGCACAGACACUGAUUGGUCCAAAUUCAUGGAUGAGAGAAUGAACUCCACGCCCCUUCAGAGCCCCAGCCAACCGGAGCCAGAGGGCGGGGCUAACGUUGGCCUGUGGCGCUCCCACCCCGUCGGUCAACCAGAAGAGGCCAGCGAGAGCCAAGAGGACCAAUCGGAUCACGCGGAUGAAAACAGCAGCCAAUCGGAGCUCAGCGAAAAACUCGACAGCCCGUCGGAGCUUUGGGAACGUGCCAGCCCCCAAUCAGAGCGCAAGGAAGGCGGGACGCUCAGCCAGUCCGAUUUGGAGGAAGACAAAGGGGGCGUGGCUAAUCUCCUUCAAUUCGUGGGCGGGUCUGAGGGUUCCGAAGGCAGCCAAUCGGAUUUAGAGGCUGGAGACGAUGCGGACCAAUCGCAGACAGACGGAGAGGAAGGUGUCGACCAAUCGGUGGAGGAGCUGGAAGUGGAGGACCAACCGGAUGGCUCUAAAUGCGAGCUCCCGCCCCUUGACUUGUCUUUUAUGGCGGGGUCGGAGAUUUUGGACAGCUCUGUCUAUCGGAAUCGCGCCAGACUGAAUCGGAAAAGAGGUCACCGCGCUCCGGCUUUGCUGCCUCGACAUUCCCGGGAUACGAACACGUCGGGAGACGCUGGGAAUUCCUGGAUGUUCAGAGAUUCCACUGACCCUGUGCAUGUCGGUCUCUCGGAGUUGAAGUGUGCUCGCUUGGACCCCAGUGCUCCCAGUGCUCCCAGUGCAGGCAGAGUGCAGGUGCUGCCUGUGUGCGACCCCGCAGCGCUCCAGGCUCAGCUCCGCUCUCGUGUCAGGUCUGCCGACGCCGUCGAGGGGGAGGAGCCUGCGGAAUCCUGCGGUCGCCAUGGAGACCGGGAGGGGGAGGAGUCGGUGGCGGAGCUUUCGAAGGCCGACUUAAGCAAGAGAUCGAAAUUCAUGAAACUACCGACAUUCAACAACUCAUUAUUAAAGAGAGUGCUGCCUGGGAGAGGAGAGAAAACUGAGAGAGGAGAGAAGACAGAGAGAGGAGAGAAGACUGAGAGAGGAGAGAAAACAGAGAGAGGAGAGAAGACUGAGAGAGGAGAGAAGACUGAGAGAGGAGAGAAGACUGAGAGAGGAGAGAAGACUGAGAGAGGAGAGAAAACAGAGAGAGGAGAGAAGACUGAGAGAGGAGAGAAGACUGAGAGAGGAGAGAAGACUGAGAGAGGAGAGAAGACUGAGAGAGGAGAGAAGACUGAGAGAGGAGAGAAGACUGAGAGAGGAGAGAAGACUGAGAGAGGAGAGAAGACUGAGAGAGGAGAGAAAACAGAGAGAGGAGAGAAAGGGUGAGAAAAUAGAGAGGAGAGAGGAGAGGAAACAGAGAGAGGAGAGAAGACUGAGAGAGGAGAGAAGACUGAGAGAGGAGAGAAGACUGAGAGAGGAGAGAAGACUGAGAGAGGAGAGAAGACUGAGAGAGGAGAGAAGACU